UGAAUGCCGAAAAUUAUUAAAUAAAUCCUUUAAGGAUAGUUUAAAUUUCAAUGAAUUGACUCAGCAUCGAAGUAGCAGCAGUAGUAGCAGUAAACGUCUUUCGCCCAGCACCGAAUCGAGUAAUAUGAGCUUUUCCUCAGCCUCUGUGGCUGGUUCAAUACAGGAUGACAUUGGCGAUCCAUGUGGUUUAACCAAGGCCGGUCUAGAGGAAUACACAAUGCGUUCCAAUUCUUUUUAUGAUAAUCCCGUAUUAUAUCAUCAUCAAAAGCAAUCAUCCUAUGCCCAAUCGGAAGGCUAUCACAGUUAUGUAUCCAGUUCGGAUUCAACAUCGGCAACACCAAUGUUAGAUAGAUUACGUCAGGAAAGCGAUUUACUAUCACGUCAAGCCUCACAUAAUUGGUCACAAAACGAUCUGUCAUCUUUGGCUUCCACAUCGGUGGCAGCAUCACCAACCUCACUUAUGUCGCGUGAUCGUGAUCUAAGUGAAUUGAGCGUGUCCAGCAUUACACAACAACAACAGCACCACCACCAACAACAACAACACAACAAUAGUUCCGAAAGUACUUCCUCUACGGAGACGCUAAAAUGGUUGGGUUCGAUGAGUGAUGUUAGUGAAGUUAGCCAUGCCACGGGAUUUUCGGCAAUAUCGGAAUCAGUUUCCACCUCCCAAUUAAUUGUGCACAGUUCCCGGGUCCUCACACCCAAACGCCAUCAAAGUGAAAGUGUUCUACUGGGCAAUGAGGAACAACCUGGGCGAUCAUCUUCCUCCUCCUCCGCCACGUCAGCCCAUCAAAACCCUUCCACGGUUAUAACGCAUGCUCAAAAUUCCUCUGCCUCGACACUGGUACCAAAUCAUCGUCACAGCCCCAGCUAUCCGCCCGUUCACCAGACAUCACACACCAUGUAUCGCCAUCACAACCAUAGCCACUUGGCCAGUACCAAUGAGCUGGGCGGUAAAUCCCAGCUGAGUGAGAAAACCUCAUCACAGACAAAUAUCUCCGUUAGCAUUACGAACAGUGAGGCUGUGGUCACCAUAUCACCUCAUCCGCCACCGGUACCAGCACCCAAACCCACUACGAACGGCAGUUCGGCGUCACAAAGUGGUGAGCGAUCCCCUCGCCAGGCCAAUUCUCCACGUGGCUUGGCCAACUCAACAAGUUCCUUAAAUGUGGCGGGUGUUCACAAAUCUCCCGUCUCCGCUUCCAUGGAUUCAUUGGCGGACAUUAAAUCACAGCCCUAUCGCAAUAAUCAUCGCCUGUUCCCCGUUAGUACCUAUACGGAACCGGUGCACAGUAAUACCUCGCAUUUUGUCCAUCAUCCUAAGCCUCAGUAUAGUACAGGGUUACAAAAGCCACAAAAAUCCCUGGCCCCGCAGCAGCAACAACAACAUUCGCCCUCAGGAAAUGGUAGCCUCAGCAAUCUUAGCCAAACACAAAAAAUGGGUUCACCCACGGGGUAUCCUCAACCCAGUUGGCAAUCGGUGGCCACAUUAAUUAAUGAUUUUGAAAGAUCUGCAGAUCCCCAGCAGCAGCAACAGGGUUCUGGGGCAGGGCAAAAAUACACGUAUUUGGAUCCCAACAAGACCCAUAGGGUACCCAAUCCCGCUCUCAAGGCUUUUCAAAAAAAUGCCGUGCAAUCCUAUUUUGAGAGACAACAGCAACAACAACAACAGCAGCAACAACAAAAUCAAUUGCAACAACACCACCACCACAACUCUUCCAUGGAAAGUUUACAGCACUCUCCGAAAUCUCUGUCCUCCCGUUCCGGUGGUUCUCCCCAACAUGCCAUGGGUCACAACCAAAAUGGUGACCAAGUGGCCACGGUUUUACUCAGGAAUUCCUUGCCCAGCAAUUAUAAUUCUCCACCGAUACAAAGGCCUCUAUCGGAGGAUAAAAAUGCCUUCAGUGCGAGAAAUUUGCCCAAUAAACCUCCCUCCCCCGCUCCGCCACCACCACCGCCACGAUCACGUUCCAUGAUGCCCACAGUGCUAAGGCGUUCCUCCUCGGCCUCAGAUUAUUCGGAGUUACGCGAUCAAUUCAUCUCCGCAUCACAGGACAAGCUACAGUCUCAGUCCAUUAAAAAUAUUUCCAGUUCGGAGAAAUUCUCUUUCAACGACUGUGGAAUGCCACCUCCGCCGCCGCCACCCCGGGGAAGGGCUUCCAUGUCGGGUCGUCGAACCUCAUCGGCCUCAGAUUAUGCUGGUAUUAGGGAUAAGGUCUUACUGCAACAGGCAGCUGCCUUGACCCACCAGCAACUCCAUCCCCAUCAACAUCAAAAUGCCAUGAUGGCCAAUAGCUAUCAUGGCCACCCACAUGGGCCACCGUAUCAUCAUCACCACAAUCCCCCCAUGGCUUAUCUGCCAGGUGCCAAUGUACCGCCUCCCGUACCACCACCCGUACAAGAUGGCUGGGUACCCGAAAGGCCACCCAAAAAUCCCAAUCUACGUGUUCCUUCCCCUGACUUGCCACCACCUCCCCCGGGAUUGGAUAGUGAAACCAGUCUCUCCGAUGAACCUCUACCACCACCACCACCAGAAAUUCUACAAAGACAACCGCUAAAUGAAUUAAAUCCCGAACUUAUGGCCAAGCCACCCUCACCCAAUCGUCGCAAUAGCUUCGCAGGGGCCUCCACACGGAAAUCGGCUAACUUCUUUCAACGUACCACUUCCAAUGAAUCCGGAAUCAAUAAAGGACCACCUCCCUUGGUUCCACGUAAACCGGCCAGUAUUGAAUUGGUGCAAGUGACCAGACCCUCACCAACCACCCUCAAUAAAUUACAACCUGAGCUUAUAAGGGCCACAACCAUAUCUUCGUCUACACGGAAAAGGCCUCAUAAUCUGGCUGCCGGUUCCCCCUCGUCAUCGCCGUCUUCCUCUAUAACAGCCAUACAAGAGAAUGUUGCCAUAACCCAAACGCGGCAUUCACCCAUUGGUGCUACAAUGAAAUCCUCACCGCCACCACCACCUCUAAUGCCACGAAUGCCACAAACGAUAGCCAUCACCACCAGCAACAACAACAACAGCAGCAGCCCCAAAUGGCCACGACAGCAGCAGCAACAACAACAACAAAUGUCGCUAAUUCGAAAUCAAG